GGAUUGGGGAGUAUCCGAAUGGAAAUCCCGUAAAACUCGACGGUCCGUCAAUCACAACAACAACAACAAAACACAAAACUACAACACACAGCCAUGAAAAACCAAUUUCUAAACCCUUUCCUCCUCCUCCUCCUCCCCCUUCCCCUCUCCUCCUCCGCCGUCGCCGCCGCCGCCGCCGCCAUCACCACCACCUCCGCCUCCGCCAACUUGGUAUUCCCCAUGAACAUGAACAUGAACAUGAAUCUGACAAACAUGAUCAUGAUCAUACUUCUCCUUCCAGAUUCCAUUUCCGUCUUCCCACUUUUCCCCCGUACAAAUCCAGCCUCAUCGUACGGUCCCUAGAUUUCUCUCUCUCUCUCUCUCUCUGCCCUCCAUCACCGACCUCCUCUUCCCCCACCCCUGUUCAUCUUUGGCCCAUCCCAUCCCCCAAUCUUUGAUUCAUUUUUAGGGUUUCCCUUUUUCUAAUUAUGAUUCUUAUUGGGCUUCUUCAUCAUUCGCCUUUCCUCUCUCUCCUUCUUCUUCUCUCUCUUGAUCACACCUCCCGCAGCCUCCUCUUCCAACCCCUUUAGAUUCCUGCUGAUCCUUUGUGUGUGUGUGUGUGUGUGUAUAUAUAAUAUCUCCACAAUUUGUAAAGGGGUUUUCCUAGGGGUUUGCUUUUACUAUGUGAUGCGGGUUCCUCUCCGCUCUGCCCCCUACUAGUUUCCUUCCAAUUUCGUCGAAUCUUCCAUCUGGGUCUCUGUUUAUAUUGUCUCCCCAGCGUUGUAUUCUUUUGUCCUUCCUUUUUUGCUUGUGUCUCUUGAAUUUUCUCGUUAAUAAUGGCUUAUCAGCAUAUUCCGGGCCCGAGUUCGAUAUCUGGAUCAAGUACCAGUUCUGGGUUCUUGAACUCUCCUUUUGGUGAUACCACCUACACCAAGGUCUUUGUUGGUGGAUUAGCCUGGGAGACUCAGAGCGAAACUAUGAGGCGCCACUUUGAGCAGUUUGGAGAGAUUCUUGAGGCUGUUGUCAUAACAGAUAAGAAUACAGGGAGAUCCAAAGGAUAUGGUUUCGUGACUUUCCGUGAUCCAGAGUCUGCUAGAAGAGCUUGUGCUGAUCCCACUCCAAUUAUUGAUGGCAGGCGAGCAAAUUGUAAUCUGGCUUCACUUGGCCGGCCUCGGCCACCUAUAUCCUAUGGACGUCUAAGACCGCCUGCACCAUAUGUUGGAGGCAUGCAGCCCAACAGGGGAACUUUUAUUGGAAAUUUUGGCUAUCAGCAACCGGUUUCUUAUGCUUAUCAGCAGGGACUUGCAUAUCCUCCUUAUGGGUAUGCUGCAUAUGGACCUGAGUACAUCUACCCACAGGGUGGAUACAACCCUUUUCUGGGUCAGCAAUACCUGCAGAUAUAUGGAAUGCCUGGGUCAACGAGCCCUGCUAUUUAUCAUUAUGGACAAUUAGGUCAAACGGUCCCUGGUGGUCAUGGAUAUGGAACAGUACAUGGAUAUGCAAUGCCGAGUCCUCAGAUUGUGCAGUUUAGUGGUCCUAAUGUCAAUGCGCUAACAUCUUCUCCAGUGCCUACUAUUCAAGCACCAUAUCCUUCAGGGAUUCCAGCACCUGUUGCAGCACAACCACAGUUCGUUGUUCAUUCUCCUUCUCAGUUUGUACAAGGUAGCGGUUCUGACCAAACAUCUGGGUGAGGAGUUGAUCAGGGUAUCCAUAGAUUGCAGCAGGACUUAGAGCAGCGGAACUGCUACUUGAGUGGCGGGCUUCGGAUCUAGCCUUGCAAAUAAUUUAUCAUGCAUUCUAGAGGUCAUAGUCAUGCUCACCAGAGACGUCAGAUGGUCUUGAGUCGCUCGAGAUGGUGGAGAAGGAACACGGAAGAUGCAGGCUGCUCUUCCUCUGAGGACCUUUCUUUCCCCAUAGUGUUUAUAAACUUUUAAUACACUACCAAAGCUCUGGAUGAGCGGCAGGUAGUCAUGGAUUGAUUGAUGCGUGCUUGAAUCGGUUUUAAGCAUCCAUUUAGGAAUAAAACUGUGUAAAAAGAAGUCAAAAUUAGAAUCAACAUAUGAUUCUUUUAUAGUAAACUCCCAGCAUUUUGGGUGUAUAGGAAAGUCUCUGGUGCUUUGUGUGGUCGUGGGUCUAUCAUCAUCUUGAUACUAAUAUAUGAUUUCAUAAGUUCAUGUGCAUAUUAGUGUUAGGAUUUAUUGUAAUCUGAAAGUUCCAUAAUUUGGAUGUCUUUUGAGGCCUGCCUGUCUUCAUAACAACGAAGCAGCUUCAGGUUCUCUAUUGGGAAGGAUCGAAUUGCUGGAUUUUAUCGGUUUUAGUACCCCUCGAUGGCGUGCUGGAUUGGGAUUGGCUGCAUCCGAGGAUGUACAGUUUUUAGUUCUUCCUUAACAGUAUUUGGACAAUGGUUAGGUUUCGAAAACAUUUUGUUUAUUCGUUGUGUUUGUUGUGGGAACACUAAUUUUUCUUUUCCCCCUCAUUAUUAGCUUUGUUUUGUUUUCUUUUAUUUGGGGGAAUGUGUCAAGUGGAAGCAGUAGGAUUUUUCAAACCAUUAUUGUGAUAUGAUGCCAUGAAAGUACCCAUAAAAUGACUUCCAAAGUGCAAAGGGAACAAGUUUUGGGA